CAUGAUUAAACUGAAUCGCAUCUUUCCUUGCCUUUUACAUUGGCGUUCUGCUUGGUCUCUCCCUAUGGCCACAGAAGUAAACAAAGAGCUGAAACAGUUUCCUCUAGUGCCACUCGCUCCUCGGGUGAACCCGACCGGAAGAGGGGUUCGUAAGAAGCAAACUUCAAAUCCCAUCUUCAAACUCAACGAUGCGACUACCUUACAAGGUUUUCAGUCAAUGCCGUCAGUUAGUCAUAUACUGAAUGAAACUCGAAGUGAGGAAGAUGUUUUGAAGUUGAACCAAUGGAAGAAUGCCAAGAUCAGGGAAUUGGGAGGAGAGGAGCAGUUUCAGGAGUACUCCGAAAGCAUGGCUCAGUUUUCCGCGCAAUGUCAUUCGCUGAUCAAGAAGAAAAUUGAAAACGAAAUCGAUUUUGAGUCGGCAGCAGACAUCGGCGAUGAAAGAACAAAAAAUAUUCUCAAGCAAUUUGAUCAAAUUCGAGCAGCCAAUGUUACCGACAUAAGCAUGUGUGAAAAAACUGUCGUUCACGAUGUUUUGGGCUAUAGAGGAAAGUUUGAUUGCCUAAUCGAAGUUAGUGGUUUAAGAUUAAUUGCGGAUUGGAAAAUUCCAGAUAAUGCAAAUAGGCGUAGAUUGGGAAUCCAAGAUUGUCAACUGAGUGAAUUGUUGCAAUGUGUUGCUUACUUAGGAGCAAUAAAUCAUUCGAAAUUGGUUGAGAAACCCUUGGACGGGUUUUGCCUUGUUUAUUUGUAUCACGACAAUCAAAGCCCUCCUGAUGCACAAGUGGUAACAGGGAAAGAUUGCAAUCCGUUUUGGGCCGCGUGGGUCAGCAAAGUGAAGCAGUAUCAUUCGCAAAGCUCAGAAAACUUGAAAGCAUUUUCUUCUUAAGAUGAUCUGGUUGAUUGAAAUGUUGAAGCAGUAACAAUCGCAGAACUGUUAUAGCUUGAAAUCUUUUUCCUCCGAAAAUGUUUGAAAUGAAUUGCAAUAUCGAAGCAGUAACAUUCGCAGAACUCAAAAAACUAGAACUCAUUUUGGGUUGAAGAUGAUUUGACUGAAUAGCAAUACUGAAGCAGUAGCAUUCGUAGAACGAAAACUUGAAAUCUUUUUCAAAUUUUCUCAGUUGAAUUGCAAUAUCGAAGCAGUAUAGUUUUAUUUUGUGAUUUUUGUU